AUACUUCAACCUAGAGCUUAGAGUCAAAAUUAUACGAUCGUUUUCUGUUUCGCUUACGGAAGGUUUCAAUUUUACUGCAUGGUAUAUAAAUUCACGGUUAUAGUUUAGGCAAACAUUGCAAAACACAAAAUUAUAUACGAAAUCGAUUCUAAAUUUAACAACGGCGAUGUGGCUUAAGUUACACGCUCUUCAUACUUUUCGCGUGGAAAACCCGGGGGGAAAAUUAUGCGUACAGGACGAAGGCAUAUGUUAGCUAGCUGGUUAGGGCAAAGGUUUAUACUACCGAAGUAGGUUUUAGAAGAUAUGCAGGGUCCGCAAGUAGGUGAAUGCUUUUCGAUGGCCAUUUGUGAGUUUGUGAGUUAUUGGAAAGUUUAAGAGGUAUUGUGUCUUUUUUUUUCUUUGGGGUUCAUUCAAAAUUGAUAAAAUUUGCAGUUUCAGCAGCUUAAGAAAUGCGUAUAAAAGUCGGCAAAAAAAAGGAAUGGGGUAGCAAUCAGACGAGCGAAUCAGAGCUCAAUCAGAAGAAAAAUCAUUGAUAUCGUGCAGCUUACGCAUCAUGCUUACUACAAGCUUCGGUGGGUCUAUUUAUGGGAGCGAAAAGAAACGAGCUAACUCUGCGAUGGGGAAUAAGAAAGUCUAACUUAUUCUCCACAUUCACAUUCUUUCUUCUCCAUAGUAUUUCUUUACGCCAGCAAACAAUUGGAAUGUUAUGUUUUCUCGUUCAUUACUCUCCUUCCUAGGUUUAGUGCGUGUGAAUGAGUGAGAAUGUUUGUGCAUUAAGAGUACGGUACACGGUUAAGGUUUAUUUAUUACUAUUUUGUCGAAAAAUUUAACAGACGCGAUAAGGAACUCGUAGCUAAGGACUGCCGCCACGUGGACCAUCGUCUAGGGUAGCCUAGAACCCAGCCGCGAUUGCAACCAGACUUUUGGGUCGCACGGAGAUCGCUUGUUCCACUGGGUAACAGCUCAUAAAAACCGCAUGUGCGACGGUCAUGCAACAUUACGCCGCAAACCCCGUAGUAAACUAUACAACGAACGAUGAAUGCAGUCGUUAUAGUAUACCGUCGAGUGUCGAAUAAAAUGCGCUGGGUAUUGUUUAA